AUGUUCCUAACCGGGGGGAAGAGGGAGGGUUCCACGCUCACCGGGGGAUUGACCUAUCACUGGGGGCACUGGUGGUACCCUUCCUGGGGGUUGAUCAAACCUGGAAGUGACGAGUCCCGCGUACUGUUGGGGCAACUCGUGGGGAAGAUGCGGAGGAUUUCCUACGGCACAGUCCAGUCACGAAAGCAGCAAUGGUCACUAUGUUCUGUCAUUGAGGAUAGCGCAAGAUCCGCUCAUUGGCCGGACCAAGCCAGAGAGUGUAUCGCCGCCAGAAGCAACAUAACCGAGGGCCCGACUACGGAUGACUCGGGAGAUCCAGAAUCCAGAAUGGUUCUAGUAGCGACCCAUUCGGCCAUGGCGGCGGCGGGUUAA